CAGUGUGUAUUGUUACUUUGUUCGUGAACACAGAGAGCAAACUUUGCUUUGAUUCACACUUUGAUUAUCCGAGUCAGUUUGUUCGACUGCUAGUUGUCAUUGUUCUGUCUGCAUGCAGGCGUCCUUGUGUGGGGAGCCCAAUGGAGCUGGAGGGUCAGUGGUGGAAAGGAGAACUUGCAGAGGACAUCCAUCAGGCCCUGCGUUACAAAGAGCUGUGCUUGCCUGUGUACAAAGGACAGUCUCCACAGCUGAGUCUUAGACGAUAUUUCGCAGACCUUAUUGCUAUAGUCAGCAAUCGGUUCAAGCUGUGCCCUGCGGCCAGACACUUGGCUGUUUAUCUGCUGGACCUGUUCAUGGACCGCUAUGACAUCUCAGUACAGCAACUUCACAUGGUUGCACUGUCCUGCUUGCUUUUGGCCAGUAAGUUUGAGGAGAGAGAAGACCGCAUCCCGAAACUGGAGACCCUGAACAGUCUGGGCUGCAUGAGCUCUAUGAACCUAGUUCUGACCAAACAGGGUCUCCUGCACAUGGAGCUGCUGCUCCUAGAGACGUUUCAGUGGAACCUGUAUCUCCCCACAGCUGCUCACUUCAUCGAGUACUACCUGCCGGACGCUGUGAAUGAGAUGGACCUGCAUGACGGCUGGCCGAUGGUAUGCAUGGAGAAGACCAUGCAGUACAUGUCCAAAUAUGCUGACUACUUCUUAGAGGUCUCUUUACAAGACCAUGCAUUUCUGCGAUUCGUCCCGUCCCUGGUUGCUGCGGCAUGUGUGGCCUCCUCACGGGUAAUCUUGCAUUUGUCCCUGACCUGGCCUCCGCGCCUCCAGCGUCUGUCAGCGUACACCUGGGAGCAGCUGCUGCCCUGCGUGGAGAGACUUCUAAUUGCUCAUGACAGUGACGUAAAGGAAGCAAACAAACAGAAAUGCCCACAGCCGAGUGCUCAGCCUGCACAGAUGAUGUAUCCCAUCCAGGGACAGAGCGUGUCCUUGCAUCAGUACAUGCAGCGGCCGAACACACAAUACAUGCAGCAGAGCUGCCAGCCACUGGUAGUGUCUUCUCAAGGUCCUGCGACAUAUCUGACACAUACGGCCUCAAUGCAGGUCUCCACGGCACCUCUGCAUGGGCUCACACAGACACAGAGCAUGGAUGCUAAGGUCAACAUGCCAGGCAGAGCUUACCAGAUGAACCCGCUGUACCCCUGUGCCGCUCCCUGCUUCGACAGGUGAUGAAACUGGACAGAAAAGCAUCAGACCGUUUGCACUGCAGGGGGGAGAGUUUGUAAUCAAGUGUGCAAUUGUGGGAUUGCAAACACCAAAAAGCAAGCACACUGCUCUUAAAUGUUACUUGAAUCAAACCACUUCAGCUGCUGAAUUCUGAAUCCUUUUUUAUUUACAUGAUUGGGGUGAAAGCUAGUUAAUUUAAAUCACUGUAACGUUCAUGAGGUGUGGGGUAAUCUGAGAUCUGCAAUAUUCUAGUGCUGUUGUGCAUUACCCACUGAAUGCUGCCUUGUGGUGUUUCAUUUGUUGUAUUAAGUUUACUCGAGUAUUAUUAUUUACGGCCAUCUUUCAUAAAAGAAGACAUCAUUGGAGUUCAAAGUAACGUUGUAUAAGAAAAGAAUGUGUUUUUUACUAGCACAAGCAAGUGUUAUUUUGCUCUACCUCAUUGAAUGCAGACUAUUGUUGUCUUGUAACCUUAUAAAAUGCACUUUGUUACAGUGUUUGUUUGUGUAUUUUUUUUAAUAAAAAUGCAACAUUUCUGUUGUCGCUA